AUGGAAGCUGCGGGGCUCAUGGAUGACUUCCCUUGCCUGGUUGUUCGAGGUAUUUGCGACUAUGCCGACUCACACAAAAACAAAGAAUGGCAAGGAUAUGCGGCAGUGGCAGCUGUAGCCUACGCUAAAGAACUUGUCUCAGUGGCUCCGAUUGGCCAAAUGAAAAUUACUCCAACAGCACGGAGCAGUCUUUCAGAUCCUGACUGGUCAGAUGGUGAUAUUGAGUCAUGCGGGGUAUUUGAUGACUUGGGAGAUCUUCACCGGCACCAGAUCAAGCUGAAGGCGGUAGAACGGAUGUACCGGCGAGCACUGGCAGGCUAUAAGAAGGCCCUCGGUCCAGACCAUACAUCGAAUUGA